AUGGAGGUUUUCGCGUUUGUCGCAAGCGUCGGCAGCUUCGGGGAGCUUCUGCUGAAAGGUUUCAGCGCCCUACAUCGUCUGCAAACACAAUUAUCGGAAGCGCCAGAUGAGAUCAGGCGCAUUUCCGGGGCCAUGCAUCGCCUGAAGCAUGUGCUAGAUGAGAUACAGGCCUUGGGUGCUCCAGAAAAGGAGCUCAUCAGCAAGAAGCGAGAUACUGGAGUUCCCUGGGAAGACCAAACUGCCGCUGAGAUCGUUGUCAGACACGGCAUGGGUAUUGAUAUGCUUGAGCUUUGCCGGAUCAUUCUGGGCUCAACUAAGGCAUUUGACUUAGACUUUCUGAACCAAAGUGGAAAGUAUGACCCUCGAGACGAAGACGAAUCACUGGGCGUACCGAUGGCUAGUAUUCUCAUAGAGAAUGGUGCCGAUCUCGCUAUUUGUGACAAAGUUGGACAGUCGUCAUGUCUUCUGGUGUUUCAGAUGCCUCAAGGAUUCAAUUACUUUGAUGACGUUUUGUAUGAGUUCAUUAACCUCGACAUGCUUCAGAACCUCCGUUCGAUAGACCUGUGGCUCGUGGCGUCUUUAGCACGAUCAAUCCCUUCCUUUAAAAGCAAGCUGGAAGCUAAGUACCAAGGAAUGCGAACACCUGCUGGAAUUUCGUCUAGUAUCCGCCCCCGCAUCAAUCAUCUGCCUGAGCUAGAUCCUCAGAAGCAAGCAUCAUAG